AUGGAGCAGGAUCGGGGAGAGUUGGUGUCUACCUUCUGCCACAAGACUUCAUCUUUGGAGCGGACAGAGGAGGAAGGUGAUGAUGAUGAGGAGGAGGAUGAACUGGACAUCUUUGGGGGUUAUGACAGCUUCCGGGGCUACAACAGCAGCAUGGGCAGCGACAGCAGCUCCUGUCUGGAUGAGUCUAGUGAUGAUGAGGUGGCAGACCGGGAAGCUGGAGAGCUUCCAACCUCUCCUGUGCAGCAGCCGUCCACAGGCCGGCUCACAGAGGACAGCGGCUCUGAGCCAGCUGUGUGCGAGAUGUGUGGCAUUGUGGGCACCAGGGAGGCUUUCUUCUCCAAGACCAAGCGUUUCUGCAGCGUUUCCUGCUCCAGAAGUUACUCCUCAAACUCCAAGAAGGCCAGCAUCCUGGCCAGACUGCAGGGGAAGCCACCAACGAAGAAAGCUAAAGUUCUGCACAAGGCAGCCUGGUCAGCCAAGAUUGGGGCCUUCCUCCAUUCUCAGGGCACGGGGCAGCUGGCAGAUGGGACACUGACAGGCCAGGACGCGCUUGUCCUGGGCUUUGACUGGGGAAAAUACCUGCAGGAGCAUGGCUUCAAGGCAGCUCCUGUCAGCUGCUUCAAACACGUGCCGCUCUUUGAUCAGUGGGAUGAUGUGGUGAAAGGUAUGAAAGUGGAAGUGCUGAACAGUGAUGCUGUGCUCCCCAGCCGCGUGUACUGGAUUGCGUCCGUCAUCCAGACUGUAGGGUACAGGGCCCUUCUGCGAUAUGAGGGCUUUGAGAAUGAUGCCAGCCAUGACUUCUGGUGCAAUUUGGGCACAGUGGAUAUUCACCCCAUUGGCUGGUGUGCCAUCAACAGCAAAAUCUUGGUACCACCACAGUCUAUCCAUGCCAAGUACACUGACUGGAGAAGUUACCUCAUGAAAAAACUGGUGGGGGCCAGGACCAUCCCAGUGGAUUUCCACAUCAAGAUGGCGGAGAGCAUGAAGUACCCGUUCCGGCAGGGCAUGCGGGUGGAGGUGGUGGAUAAGAACCACGUGUCCCGGACACGGAUGGCAGUGGUGGACACGGUGAUCGGGGGCAGACUGAGACUCCUCUAUGAGGACGGCGACAGCGAUGAUGACUUCUGGUGCCACAUGUGGAGUCCCCUCAUCUAUCCUGUGGGCUGGUCACGGAGAGUGGGCCACAGCAUGAAGAAAACAGAAGAAAAACGCAGUGACAUGGCAAACCAUCCCACCUUCCGGAAGAUUUACUGUGAUGCUGUACCCUAUCUGUUUAAAAAGGUACGAGCUGUCUAUGCUGAAGGUGGAUGGUUUGAGGAAGGCAUGAAACUGGAGGCCAUUGACCCCCUGAAUCUGGGCAACAUUUGUGUGGCCACCGUUUGCAAGGUCCUCUUGGAUGGGUAUCUCAUGAUUAGCAUUGAUGGAGCUACAUCUGCUGAUGGCUCUGACUGGUUCUGCUAUCAUGCCUCCUCACAUGCCAUCUUCCCCGUUAACUUCUGUCAGAAGAACAGCAUCGAUUUGACCCCUCCAAAAGGGCAAGAUGCACAGACCUUCAACUGGGAAAGUUACCUGGAAAAGACUAAAUCAAGACCUGCUCCAGCACGGCUCUUCAACACAGACUGUCCAAACCACGGCUUCAAGGCAGGCAUGAAGGUGGAAGCAGUGGACCUGAUGGAGCCCAGGCUCAUCUGCGUGGCCACAGUAAAACGUGUAGUCCAGCGUCUCCUUAGCAUCCAUUUUGAUGGCUGGGACAACGAGUAUGACCAGUGGGUGGACUGCGAGUCUCCAGAUAUUUAUCCGGUGGGGUGGUGUGAGCUGACAGGCUACCAGCUUCAACCACCUGUUGUUCCAGAGCCCACAACUCCAGUGAAGGCCAAGGAGGUGCCCAAGAAGAAGAAGAAACCCUAUGGAAAGAAGAGAAAAAAGUUACCUGCCAAAACCCGCAACAUCAAGCAGACUGUCAAGAAGCCUUCCGCCCCGAAGAUGAAACGAGAAGCCAAAGCUGCCAGCAAGGCUUUGCCAGAGCCAGCACCUGAUGAGAUCAUUGCUGUGCAGGUGAAAGAAGAAACCAUCGACCCCUCGGUAGUAGAGUUUGAAGCUACAGAGCUUCCCAUUCCUGUCAGCAGCAUAAAGCAGGAGGUCACAGACUGA